AUGGCUACCGACAAGUGGGCGCGACUGUCGGUCGCCUUCACCCUGCUCGCAAUCUUGCUGAGCUGCACCGUGGGCACGUCGCAGGCGGCGACAGUCGCUAGGCCUAGUCCCCGGGUGGUGCGGACAAAGUACGGACAACUGCGGGGUAAGAUUGUGACGCCCAGUGCCCGCUACGGGGCCCACCUGCCCCCCGUCGAGGUGUUCAUGGGAGUGCCGUACGUGAGUCCCCCGCUAGGGACCCUGCGAUUCAUGCCUCCGGUCAACUCGCCGCACUGGGACGACGUCCGCGUGGCCGACGUUCCGGGGCCGGCGUGUCCGCAGCGGCUGCCGGACUUCCUGAAGAACGACAGCGCGACGGCGGCCGCGGCCGCCAAGAUGCCCUCAGGGAGGCUUGACCAACUUAGGAGACUGGCUCAGGCAUCGCUGGGCAACACGAGCGAGGACUGCCUGCACCUCAACAUCUACACACCGGCGUCAGGUCAGUCAGUGCGCACGCUCGAAGUAGGGCCCCGGUGA